UACACCAUAUUUUCACUUGAUUGUUCGGCUGGCACCGAAAGUUAUGGUAGCAUCUGAGAACGAUGAAAAAUAAGUCGAAAAAUUCUUUGACGAACGGAAGUGGCAGUAGCAGCAGCAGCAGCAGCAGCAGCAAUAGCAGUGGCAGUGGGAGUGAGAAUUACCCCAACGGCAGCACGUAUGGGUCCUCCGGAGCAACAGCGAUGACCGCCGCUGCGACAGGAGUGGGAGCGGGCAGUGCUUCCGCUGGGUCCAUGAACGGAGGUAGCAGACAUCUUCAAUCCUCCGCUGGCAUAAGUGCUGGAAACACCGCAGGUGGAUCUAUUUCCAUCACAGACGUUGGUGCAUCCGACCUGGUUGCUGAUGGUGCCGAUGAGCAGCAACCGACGAGCUAUCACAAUCAUAAUGCUCAACACAAUAAUCGCAACCAUUUGUAUCAGCAGCAAAAACAGGGUGGCAGCAAUCGACCACAUAUAUCGCUCGACAAGUGUGAUGAUUUUCAAUUCAAUGUUCCACCGGAAGCGCCAGUGUUUGAGCCGUCGGAGGAAGAUUUUAAAAAUCCACUUGUGUACAUCAACAAGAUACGUCCGACGGCCGAAAAGUAUGGAAUCUGCAAAAUACGUCCACCGAGAUCCUGGCAGCCUCCCUUCACCGUGGAUGUAGAAAAGCUGACAUUUACGCCGCGCAUACAGCGCCUGAAUGAGCUGGAAGCCGAAACACGCAUCAAGCUGAACUUUCUCGACCAAAUUGCCAAAUUUUGCGAACUGCAAGGAACGACCUUGAAGAUACCGAUGGUCGAGCGCAAGCCGCUCGAUCUGUACACCUUGCACAAGAUCGUAAACCAGGAGGGUGGACUGGAGAUAGUAACGAAGGAACGCAAAUGGUCGAAAGUAGCGUGCCGUAUGGGCUACCAGCAGGGGAAAAGUGUUGGAUCCAAUCUACGAACUCACUAUGACCGUUUGCUCUAUCCGUUCGAUGUGUAUCGUUCGGGGAAGGUGGUGGAUUUGGCCAACAUCGAUCCGGAGCCUUCGGAAGAUUGCGAGUAUGAACCGCAUUGCAUCGAGUCCCGUCAACAGGUGCAGCCUCCUAUGACGACAACGGCUCGCCGUUCUCAACGGUUUGCCCAGCAACAGAGCAACAGCAGCAAGCCUACUUCAACUACCGGAAGUAGUGCUAGUGGUAGUGUUCGCGGCUCGUCGGAUGAAAUGUCCCCAGGCAAGAAAGAACUCCGACAUAGGAGCAUGCUGGAGUUUGCGAGCAAGCUGGCUGCUGCGGCCCGGGAACAGGCGGCCAGCAAUGGGAGCACGUGGAAGGAGGAGAAAAGUGCCGCCGGCGGUGGAACACAUGGAUACGAUCCGAUGGCCAAGUACAUUUGUCACAUGUGCAAUCGAGGUGACGUCGAGGAAUCGAUGCUGCUGUGCGACGGAUGUGAUGCGUCGUACCAUACGUUCUGUCUAAUGCCACCGUUGCAGGAUAUUCCGAAGGGCGACUGGAGAUGCCCAAAGUGUAUUGUGGAGGAAAAUUCGAAGCCGGUGGAAGCGUUCGGGUUCGAACAAGCGCAGCGUGAGUACACACUGCAGCAGUUUGGCGAGAUGGCUGAUCAGUUCAAGUCGAACUACUUCAACAUGCCGGUGCACCUUGUACCGACGGAGCUGGUGGAGAAGGAAUUUUGGCGAAUUGUUUCCUCGAUCGAUGAGGAUGUAACCGUCGAGUAUGGGGCCGAUUUGCACACGAUGGAUCAUGGUAGUGGGUUUCCGACCAAAUCGUCACCAUAUAUUACGUCCAGCGAUCAGGAGUAUGCCGAAUCAAGCUGGAACCUCAACAACUUGCCUGUGCUGGACGAAUCAAUCCUGGGCCACAUUAAUGCCGAUAUCAGUGGCAUGAAGGUACCGUGGAUGUACGUCGGUAUGUGCUUUGCCACGUUCUGCUGGCACAACGAGGACCACUGGAGCUACUCGAUCAACUAUCUGCACUGGGGUGAACCGAAAACGUGGUACGGUGUGCCGGGGAGCCGGGCCGAAGAAUUUGAACUGGCCAUGAAAUCGGCUGCCCCCGAACUGUUCCACUCGCAGCCGGAUUUGCUACACCAGCUGGUGACGAUUAUGAAUCCUAACAUUCUGAUGAAUGCCGACGUUCCCGUGUACCGGACGGAUCAGCACGCGGGCGAAUUUGUCGUAACAUUCCCGCGUGCGUACCAUGCCGGCUUUAACCAGGGAUACAACUUUGCCGAGGCGGUCAACUUUGCGCCCGCAGAUUGGAUGAAGAUGGGCCGGGAGUGCGUCAACCAUUACUCGAAGUUGAGGCGGUACUGUGUGUUUUCGCACGACGAGCUCGUCUGCAAGAUGGCACUGGAGCCGGACAGACUAAAUCUAGGAAUUGCGACUGCGUGCUAUAUCGAUAUGGCGGAAAUGGUUGAUACGGAGAAGAAACUGCGAAAGAAUCUGCUAGAAUGGGGUGUAUCCAACGCAGAACGGGAAGCAUUCGAAUUACUGACAGACGACGCUAGGCAGUGCGAAAUCUGCAAAACGACCUGCUUCCUGUCGGCUGUUAACUGUAAAUGUACCAAGAACCUGGCCUGUCUGCGCCAUUUUGCCGAGCUGUGCGAAUGUCCGCCGGAAAACCACACGCUCAAGUAUCGCUACACACUGGACGAACUGCCGCUGAUGGUGCAGAAGCUCAAGGUGAAAGCAGAAUCGUUUGAAAAGUGGUUAUUCCGCGUGCGUGACGUGCUUGAUCCGUCAGUCGCAAGCAGCAUCACACUAGAGGAGCUGCAAAGCAUUGCGCACGAAGCGGAAAGUCAAAAGUUUCCGAACAGUGUCAUCUUGGAGCGCCUGAACCUGUCCAUCCUGGAGGCGCAGAAGUGCAUUACGGUAAUUCAGCAGCUGGAUAUAAAUAAAAUACGCACGCGUACUCGUAAUUCGCUCGAGUGUGCCAAGUACAAGCUGACGAUGGACGAGCUGGAGCUGUUUAUCAAUGAAAUCAACAAUCUGCGGUGUGUUAUUCGCGAAGGUGACAGCGUCCGGGAGUUGCAGCGUAUCGGCCAGGAAUGGUUACGCCAGGCAGAUAAAGCGUUAAAGUUACGCUUUAAGGACACGAAUGUGCAGCAGCUAAAUCAGCUGAUCGAGGAAGGAAAUGGGUUGUGUAUCGAGCUGCCACAAAUUACGGAGCUGAAGGAUCGGUUGACGCAGUACAAAUGGUAUCGGGAGGUGCGAACAUUACGCGAAAAUACGGUCGAUCGACUUUCGCUGGAGGAAAUCAAGAAGCUCAUCAACGAAGGCAUGCGCAUACUACCGCACACAGUAUUAGAGAAAGAGCUGUCCCAGUUGCAUGGUAUUAUGCUGCAGAUUGUCGAUUGGGAGCAGUCCGCUAAUCAGUGCUUCAAAACGGAAACGCAACACAAGAUCAGCGAAAUCGAUAGUCUUCUUGAGCGGGCACAAAACAUCGAGUCAUUCUUGCCACUGGCCGGUCAACUGAAGGACGUGCUGCACAAAUCGAAGGAAUGGUUGCAUGCGAUCGAAACGCUAGAAAGCAGCAAAAAUUACAACUUUUUCCACACACUCCAAAAUCUGGCGAAUCGGGCCAAACUGCUCCCGGUAGAGAUGGAAGGCAAAUUGCUGUGCGAGAACAUUUUUGCUACAACGACUGCCGGUGGCGGUUGCUUCAAUCGGCACGGCGGUCAAAUGUUGCUGUUCAACUCGAGAGGAUUUAUCGGGGCUAGUGGUGAGGAAUGGCGCAGCAAAUCGUCCACAUCACCUUCCACCUCGCUGAAACGGAAACGGAACGGAUCCAUCUCGAACUUGGAUGAUCCAAUCAUUCCUGCUAGAGAUUUAGAAACAAUUGUGAAAAAAAUCAAGGAGGAAAGUAACAUUGGGGAGCAGGAUAAACGAUUGCUGAGGGCACAACUGCUGCUAGGUUGGAACGAAUCGGACGGAGGAUUAGCAAGCAGCGGUGACAAACACGUGCUAGGAAGCUACGACAGUGUGCAACAGCAGCAGCAUCAUCCAAAUAGCAGUGGUUGCGAUGUCGUUUAUCAUUGCGCCAAGUGCUACGAGAUGGUGGCCAAAGCGAACGUGUUAAGAAAGUAUCGUCACAAGCAGCAUCACCAUCAUUGCCGGCAUCAUGAGCGGCAUAGUAGGGCAAUGGUUGUAAAGCAGGAGCAGAAUCAAGAACAGACUACUAAUACCGGGAAUCUGUCCGCCAUGGAACAACUGUUGCAGAUGAAAAUAUUAAGUGAGGAUGACUUUGCUGUCGUCAAAGGAACAACGACGACCGACACAGCCGGAAGCAGUUUUGACGAUUUUUCAUUUAAAUUUGGUGAACAUUACGAUGGGGAAGAUGAGCCAGACGACGAAGAAGCGGCCGAUGAGGUGAAAGCAGAAGACGAUGACGAUGAUGAGGAGGAGGCUGGCGGUGGCGUCGUACAGCUCGGGAGGAAUGGGUGUCAUGGCUGUAAACCACCGGACGAACAUGAGCGAGAUACGAGCGUUUUAAAACCUUUGCUAGCAGCGUGCACGCCCGGUCGCAGAAUAAAGGCGGAACCGCUCGAUAAUGUUGAGGACGCUGAAAUAACGCGGUACAGUGGUUCUAAGGAUGCAACCAAUCUUUCCCCAGAGAGCACUAGUCAAGCAUCAUCGGAAUCGCCAACGGCGGCGAAUGGUGGUGGAAGCCGUAAUUCCAGCGGAUCGAACGGCAUUAGCACCUCGACAAAUGUCUCUCAACAGCAUGAUCGACAUCGACAAGAACAACACCAACAGACUAAGGUAGAAAACUUAUGA